AUGAGUGAAGAAACAUUCCCGUUGCUCGGCGGGCAACAGAAACCGACCACAAGAUGGCUAUCGGUUUACUUGCUGUCGUUACACACUUUCUUCAUAUCCCUUGCUUUCGCCAUGGUCAAUACACCCAUGUCGCAACUUCUUGAAGAUAACCUUUGUCAUCGAUAUAUUCAAGGAGAUGCUGUUAAGGCAGGACUUUGCAAAAAUAACCAUGUUCAGUUCGAGUUAGCUACUAUUAUGGGCUAUAUGCCUGUAAUGGAGGCGGUCGUUAGUCUUACGACAGCUUUUCCGUUCGGGGUACUGGCCGAUAGAAUUGGUCGCAAACCCAUUCUCUACCUUGCAUUUGCCGGGUCCAUACUUUCCAAAGGAUGGAAACUAUUCGUCCUUGCCUUUCCAUCAAUCUUACCAGUACGAUAUAUAUUGGCCGGCCCUCUGUUUCUCGUCGUCGGCGGUGGAUUAGCCGUUCAAAUAGCAGCACUGAACUCCAUCGCAUCGGAUUUAGUAUCUAGAUCAGAAAGAGCAUCGGCAUUCUUUCUCUUAACAUUUGGAAUACUAUCCGGCUCUGCCGUCGGUCCUAUGGUCUCUUCCAAACUCAUGAGCGCAUAUUCACCCUGGACCCCAAUAUUCCUAAGCCUCUGCAUGUGGCCUAUCGGCGUGUUUAUCCUGAUGUUCGUACCAGAGACAUUACCACAAGCAAAGCAGGACCCCAUCGCCGAGAUAGGCCGUGCACCUUCAGUACUGAAGCCUCAUACUUUGAAGUCGCACCUAUCACAAUCCAUACAGCUCUACAAAGCUUCUCUCGCCUCUUUACGAACUCCCUCGAUUAUUAUUAUCAUUGCCGCCAACAUUAUCGACAUGCCCGAGGAUAUGGCCACCUCAGGGUUUUUCACGCAAUUUAUUAGUAAACGAUUUAAUUGGACUUUCGCUGACGCCGGCUACCUCAUUGCCAUGCGCGGCAUCAUUCAGAUGGCUGUUUUGUUGGUUGCACUUCCAGUGCUAUCUCAACUGCUCUUGCGGUGGCAGCAGCCGAACACGAGGGACUUGACACUUGCCCGGUUCUCUGCUGCUAUCGCUACUGUGGGGGCACUUUGGAUGGCUGCGUCGCAGGUUGAUGUCGUUAUUGGUGGACUGGCGUUUCAGAGCUUAGGGGCAGGCAUGCUCCCAUUGUGUCGUUCUUUGGCUCUGAGUUACGUGCCAGUAUCGGAAACUUCUAGGCUUAAUACAUUGAUCGGGAUUGUGGGGACGUCGGGCUCGAUGUUGGGCCCAGUGCUUACUUGGCUCUUUGAGUUGGGUCAGAAGAGAGGUGGUGUUUUGGUUGGGCUUCCUUAUUUUGGGUUGGCAGGGGCGUUUCUGCUAUGUUUUGUUGGGUUGUUGUUCGUUCACGCCCCUGUUUCAAGGGAGGAAGUUGAUGAGGUUCAUUCUAUAAGAGAUAUAGAUGAGUGUAGAUCAGUAGAGUGUUGA